AUGCUUUUAAAACGCGGUAGUCUACAACGAAGGUUUAAUGUGACGGCAUUGCUAUCUCGUUCUGAACCAAAAAGCUUUAAGCCUUCAGCAUUUGCAUUCCCAUCAGACCCGAAAACAACACCACUACCACUGCUGCUGCUGGUAGUGCUGCUGGUGAAACAACAACAGGAUAAUGAUAGGGUAAGGGAGGAUAUUGCGGGGGGAAAUAUGAGUGACUUCCAAGCGACGAGACUAAUACAUGGCGAUACCAAGAAAACAAUAGCUAUUACCGAAAGAGCGUUGAACAAAUUGAAUAAAAUUCAUACAGCUGAUCCCAAAGAUUCAGCACUACAUAUUCAAGUCGAAAGCGGUGGAUGUCACGGAUUUCAGUACAAUUUGAAUUUGGUUGACUUGGACAAAUUCUUGGCUGAAAAUAAAGACGAGGAUGUUUUUGUUUUUGAAAGAGAUGAUGGUGAAAGAAAAGGGAGGAUUGUACUUGAUGAUUCCAGUCUAACUAUAUUACAAGACUCCAAAGUCGAUCAUACAAAAGAGUUGAUUGGUAGUCAAUUUAAAGUUGUUGAUAGUCCAUACACCAGCACUUCGUGUGGGUGUGGUGCUUCUUUUGAUUUCGAUUUUGAGAAAUUAGAAAGGAAGCAAGAGGAGAACUAA